AUAAUGAUAAAUGUAAAAAAAUUGAGGAGAUUAUAAAAUAUCUAGGGCUGUAAACGAACCGAACGAACAUGAACAAGGCUUUGUUCGUGUUCAUUCAUUAAAGAAUAAACUUGUUAAUGAAUUGUUCAUGAACGCUUACCGAACGAGAUUUCUUGUUCGUGUUCGAUUAUUACGAAAAUGAAUGUGUUCAUGAACUCUUUACGAACACUUACCGAACGCAAACAAACACAAGAACACAAACAAAUGUUCAUGAACAUACAUGAACACAAACGAAUGUUCAUGCACCCAAACAAAUACAAACGAACAUAUAUUCAUUUUAGAAUAAAAUCUACAUUUCUCAUCACAAAGAUUACAAAGAAUCAACCAAAAUUAAAUAAGUACUUAACAUAUUUAUCUGAACAUAGCUGACAUAAUUGUCCCAAACAUAACUAACACAAAAAUAAAAAAAGUUCUGAAGCUUUAACAUAAAGUGAAAUUGAAAUACUUAAAUGAGGAACGUUGACACGGAGACGUAUAGAAUAACUAGGGUUCAAAACUUUUAAAAACUAAAGCCAAUAAAAUAAAAAUAUAACAUAUAAAAACCUUUAAUAAGUGAACAAACAUAGAUGAACACAAAGGAGCGAACAUAAAUGAACACAUUACCGAACGUUCACAAACGUAAACGAACGAACACAUCCGUUGUUCGUUUAGCUAAAUGAACGGAAUUUCUUGUUCGUGUUCGUUCGUUUAACAAAUGAACAUACAUAAACAAACUUUCCGACGAAUGAUUCACAAACUGUUCAUUGAACAUUCUAUAUUAUAUUGUUCCCGUUGUUGCUAACCGUCUUUUGGGCUAAUUACAGCCGUUCAAAGUCCUCAACUUUUAAUCUCAGCCGUAUAAAGUCUCUAAAUUCCUUCUAGAAGCAGCAGUUCACGGCAGUUCAGCACUCUCUCACCCAUGAUCUUGCGGUUUCCUGCAGUUUAUCAAGAUGCACCAAUCAGAAAUGCAGGUUGCAAUGCGGUUUAAAAUGUGUUCCUUAUUUUCAGGGACUUAGUGGGGUAGUGGACACUUAACUGCAUAUUUUGGUGGCUAUAUAAUACAAGUUCAGGUAGUGUAAUCUUCUGUCUUUUUUUCGCUUUUCCUGUAUUCAUACAGCAACACAUCUGCAACAAUGGAUAUCUCGGAUGACUUCGUGGACAUUUAUGAAGACGAUGAGCCUGCAAUGAAACUGGGUUUUGAUGCAAUGACACCGAAGAAGAAUCAAAUAUGCAGCCCAAUGAAAGAUUCUCCGAAGACGGACAGUGGAAGUGUAGAGAUCAUUUCAUAUGGACAGUAUUUUAGUCCAUUCAAAUCUGAAAUGCAUAGGGAGGUUAUUGAACAGUUUCAGAACAUAGAAAAACAAGCUAAAAGAAAGCAUGCGCUCCUAACUUGGAAAUGGGAUGAGGUCAUUGAUAUUACCCAAAGUGAAGAUUCGAAUGGUCAGAAAGAUGAUUUUAAGGCAAAACAACAAGAUGAUUUGGAGUCUGAGUUAAGUGAUACAACAGACUCUUUGGAUAGUCCAUUGAAAAGAUCAAAAAUUUCACGUAUAACUAAAAAUUGCAACGAUCAUGUUGGAUGGGUUGAAUUUUAA